AUGUCUGGCAAAGACGGCGUGAUCGCCUCCGAAAAGGGCGAGGCCGUCCCCGAAUAUGAAGGGACCUCUCAGGUCCUCCCAAAGGAGGCCGGUGUCGCCUACUCCGAAGAGAGUUUCCUGACGCGCAACGGCCUCACAAUUGACUCCUUCAAGCCGAAGCACUAUGGCGAGGGCAUUGUUGAACUAGAGAGACCGAUGAAGGCGCGCCAUUUGCACAUGAUUGCAAUUGGUGGCUCGAUCGGUGCUGGUUUCUUUGUCGGUUCUGGCGGUGCUCUGUAUAAGGGUGGCCCCGGUAGUGUUCUGAUCGAUUUCUUGAUUAUCGGUGUGAUGAUCUUCAACGUCGUCUAUGCUCUUGGUGAGCUCGCCGUCAUGUACCCUGUCUCUGGUGGUUUCUAUACCUAUUCGACCCGCUUCAUCGAUCCCUCCUGGGGCUUCGCAAUGGGAUGGAAUUACGUCUUCCAGUGGGCCGUUGUAUUGCCUCUCGAAUUAACAGUCUGUGGUAUCACCAUCCAGUAUUGGGAUCAAGAAACCUCGCUUGCUGUCUGGAUCAUCGUCUUCUUGGUUUUGAUUAUCAUCAUCAACGUCUUUGGUGCUCUUGGAUAUGCCGAGGAAGAGUUCUGGUCGUCGGUGUUCAAACUCGGAGCCACUGUUGUCUUUAUGAUCAUUGCUCUCGUACUUGUUCUCGGCGGCGGGCCGGAGAGUGGCGCCUACAGUGAGUACCAGGGAGCCAAGCUUUGGUACAACCCGGGCGCUUUCAAGAACGGCUUCAAAGGUUUCUGCUCCGUCUUUGUUACGGCCGCCUUUGCCUUCUCUGGUACUGAACUGGUCGGUCUGGCUGCUGCGGAAUCUAGCAACCCCGUCCAGGCUCUUCCUGGUGCCAUCAAGCAGGUAUUCUGGCGAAUCACCCUCUUUUAUGUCCUUGGUCUCUUCUUUGUUGGCCUCUUGGUCAGCUCGUACGAUGAUGCGUUGCUGUCCGAAUCGGCCUAUGCUGACGCAAAGGCGUCACCAUUCGUUCUUGUUGGAAAGUAUGCCGGCCUUAAAGGAUUCGAUCACUUUAUGAACGUCGUGAUCCUGGUGUCCGUCCUUUCGAUCGGUGUCUCUGGCGUCUAUGGUGGCUCGCGCACGCUUACCGCCCUUGCCCAGCAGGGAUACGCGCCUAAGGUUUUCAGCUAUAUCGAUAGAUCUGGUCGUCCUCUUUUCUCAGUCAUUAUUCUCAUCGCGUUUGGCUUGCUUGCCUUCGUCAGCUUGGCAUCCUCUGGUCCGGUUGUUUUUGACUGGCUUCUGGCUCUCUCUGGCCUCGCCGCUCUGUUCACCUGGGGCUCGGUCUGUCUUGCUCACAUUCGAUUCCGUGCUGCCUGGAAGUACCACGGCCACACUCUUGAUGAGAUCCCCUUCAAGGCUGCCGGUGGCGUCGCCGGUUCUUGGUUGGGUCUGAUCUUGAUUGUCCUCGUUCUCAUGGCCCAGUUCUACACUGCCAUUGCCGCCCCUCCUGGCAAAUCUGGUCUGGGCACUGUCGAGGGCUUUUUCAAGCAGUACCUGGCACUCCCGGUCGUUCUCUUCUUCUGGGCUUGCGGUUUCUUGUGGAAGCGUACAGGAUGGCUCAAAAUUUCGCAAAUGGAUGUCGACACCGGCCGCCGCGAGCUUGACUGGGAUGAGAUCAAUGCCUUCCGGGCACGCGUUGCUGCCUACCCCGCAUGGAGACGCCUUCUUCAUGCGUUGUUCUAA